AUGUACGCCGCUCAGAAUAUAACGCCAACAGUUUUGGAUGCUAUGAAUGGAAAUGUUUCCGAAUGGUAUAACGAAUGCGACAAUGCCAUUAGAAGGUCAGAAAUAGUUCCUGGAACUUACGAAUAUACAACUGCUGUUUCUUAUGGAAACGUAGGUGAGUUUGGAGAAGGUUCUUCAACAACAGUAGAUAUUGCUUGCGACAGGUUUCAUAUUAUUUCUAUUGACAACUCAUUCUUAUACGUGGAACAAGACAUUGAAAUAAAACCUUCUGCCAAGUUGUCUGACAAGAAAGGUUGCAAUGGAAUUUUCUAUGUCGGAUACCAAUAUGCUCCAGAAGUUUUCAUGGGAUAUAAGAUAUAUUCUAACUCUGACUUAGUUCAAACAGUAACAUGGGCAAACUAUGAAUGGUUCGCUUUGAGAAACUCAGUACAACCACAAGCUAGAGAACAAACAGACCAGUAUGCAACUAUUGAGAAAAUAAGAAGACUUGACCCUAACGUUCCAGGAGUUUAUGUUGACCUUUCUGGACAAACUGCAGCAGCAGUAACCAAAGUAAAACUGAAACUUAGAGUUCCUUUGUCAUCUUUCCUCAUCUUCAG